GGAACUGUGCAUGCGGCCACUCUCCAGGACGCAGCCCGCUGCUCGUCUGGGCCCUGCCGGCUCGCCAGAGAGACGAUAACCCCACUGCAGGGUGUGAGGAGCGGAGAGCUGCCCUGCGUGAGUCGACCCAGGGAUGAGGUGCAGCUCCAAGAUGAAGCCUCCAUCUGGGCAAGGCAUAAGGCUGGCGUGCCUUCUCAGCUUGGCUUCGCUCUGCCUUCCCACCCCGCUCUGGGAGGACCGAGACUCCCUCAUGCAGGAGGAGAAAGCCAGACUGACAGGUGGCAAUUUGGUGCUGAGCACCCAGGAGCAGCAGCUCAGCACGAAGCUCAUCAGCCUGAAAAAGAAAGAGGUCGCAGCAGCCUUGAACACGGGGCAGUUCCCUCCUAGCAUGCACUUCUUUCGGGCAAAAAGCCUCAUUGAACAGAGUGCAGUGUUCAGCAUCCUGAAGCGCAUGCCAAAAGGUGCUGUCCUACACCUGCACGACUAUGCCAUGCUGAGCGUGGACUGGCUGGUGUACAAUGCUACCUAUCUCCCUGACUGCUACAUCUGCUUCACCCACACGGGCACUGUUCGGUUUCACUUUUCCAAGCCUCACCCUCCUCAUCCAGUGCCAGCCCAGUGUUCCCAGUGGGUUUUGCUGGAGACUUACCGAAAACAGCUGCGCAAUGUGACUGAGUUUGAUGACAGCUUGCUGAGAAACUUGACCCUGGUGACGGAUGCCCCGGAGCUGGCCUACCCUUCCCAGGCUUUCAUUUGGAAAAGGUUUGAAGAAGUCUUUCUCAUCGCUUCUGGACUUAUCUGCUAUGCACCUGUGUUCAAGGCCUAUUUCUACCAGGGGCUGCUGGAGCUUUAUGAGGAUAACAUACAGUAUGUUGAGAUAAGAGCUAUCCUGCCUGCGGUGUAUGAGCUCGACGGCACUCGGCACAACAAGUCCUGGUCGGUGGCAGUGUACCAGGAGGUGAGCAGGCGGUUUGUGCAGGAGCAUCCCGAUUUCCUCGGAGCAAAAGUUAUCUUCACGGCACACAGGAUGCUGAAUAUUUCCCAGAUUAAAGAAGCCAUCAUCACCGCUAUGGAACUCAGAGCCCACUUCCCAGAUACUCUGGCAGGCUUCGACUUGGUUGGCAAUGAGGAUGAAGGUCAUUCUUUAUGGGAGUUUAAGGAUGUCCUGACCAUCCCAUAUUCCCGGGGGGUCAACCUGCCUUACUUCUUCCAUGCUGGAGAAACAGACUGGCAGGGCACCUCUGUAGACAACAAUGUACUGGAUGCUCUGAUACUGAAUACCAGCCGGAUUGGCCAUGGACUUGCCCUCACCAAACACCCAAUAGCCAAAAAUUUGUCUCUGAAGAGGGAUAUUCCUGUAGAAGUCUGUCCCAUCUCCAACCAGGUGCUGCUGUUGGUGUCUGACUUGCGGAGCCAUCCCGCAGCCAGUCUAAUGGCUGAAGGACACCCUGUUGUGGUCAGCCCUGAUGAUCCCUCUAUCUUUGGGGCAAAGGGUGUCUCCUAUGACUUCUACGAGCUGUUCAUGGCCAUUGGAGGGAUGAAUGCUGACUUGAGGACCUUAAAACAACUUGCGCUCAACUCCAUAAAAUACAGUGCCAUGCUACUGGAUGAGAAAGCCAAGGCCAGAGAGGUCUGGCAGAAAAAAUGGGACCAAUUUGUGGCUGAUCUCACUGAUAGCUCGUUGAUGGAGCUUUAGAAGGGAAGAGAUCUGUCUCGGAAGGCAUUUGGCAAGCCAGAGAAAGCCAACCUUGUUGCUGGGAGGCAGCCUGCUUCUUCCAUGUGACUUGAGCAGAUGAAGGAACCUCUACGUCUCAGCCAGCCAUGGGCAAUGUGGUUAAGCUGAGCUUAAUGCUAGGAAUGAGCUGUGCUAUCCUGUAGAAGUCAAGGGCCAGGGGUGAAGCAGCGAGCCUCUGUAACAAUACCAGCACAGCAUGCCACUCAAAAUAGUCAAAAUAAUUGUAAGUUGCCGAUGACCAAAUCCUGACAUCCUUAUUUAGAAAAAGCUUGCCUUCUAAUUCGACUUAGUGGAUCAUUGCCAACAUGAGGAUCCCUGAAUUUUGCCUUACUGUUACAAAAUGCAGACCUUGUCCAGAAACAGCUAAGACAAACAUCCAGCCACUUGGGCCACUGACCUUCGGAGAGCAAGGACUGAAAAUGACUCUUGUUAUGUUUAACCCUGGGCCUGCUGCCAAAAUAGCACUGCUGGGUUGAAGUACCAGUCGUAGGUUUGAUGUCUGCUAUUUCAGGACCUACCAUGGCUGGAAACAAGCAGAUGGAACCAUACAAAUGUUCCCAGAUUGUGUAAGCUUGGUUGCACAGAGAUCAGAAGGACAAAAAGAGGUGCCUCAUUUGCCCAUGGCUGUUUUCCUUUCUCUUCCCUGCAGAAUCCUUUCCUGUUUUCUGGUCACAGGAAAGCUAAACACUUUUCACCUGAGAAAACCCACCCUGGCUUCCCAGAUCCUGUUUGACUAAACACUCAUCCUGCCCUUCAAGGUAUUAACAUAGGCUCUGAAUUUAUAGGAAAUGCCUUUUGAUAUCAAGAGGUUCCACUACUGACCUUCAUUGCCUUAUUCAGCCCGUUCACCUUGGUGAUAUUCACCUUGAUGAGAACCAAUCUCAUACUGUGCAUAUCCAAUAGGUUCACUUGGACUUUUGCAGUUGCCAGUAUUUUCACUAAAAGUUAUUACAACAGCUACACAGCAAAUUGUGCCUAGGCAAGUGGACUCCCUUACUUAACAAGCUCAAAAAUAUCAUGGAAAGAACUAGUUUCUUGGAGAUUAAAAAAAUCUUCAUCAGGAUGCUAAAUGAAUCCAGCAAAACCCAUGAAUACACGGAACAAGGAACAAGCCAGGAUCAACCAGCAUCUCUCUGGCAUUAGUACAAUUGCCCCGGUUUACAGCAGCCAAGGGAAAUCUUACAAAUGUUCCUUCUGAAAGGUGCCUCCUCCUCAGAGCCCAAGAUUGAGUGGACUGCUGUUUCUUGAUCUGACCAGCUUGGGGCAAACUGGCUCCCUUUAAGCUAAUAAUCCUGCUAAUUGUCUCAAGCUGCCUGGUCGUUGUUUAUUUCCACUAACCUUGGUUAAAACACCUUAUCAGGAGACAAAUAUACUCACUACAGAAGCAGAUCAAGCUGUGCAGCCCACAUAUCCCUUGCGUGCUCAACGUUAAGAGGCCCACAUGCUUCUGUCUAGUAAUCCAAGGCAAAACCAACAAAAACUCACUGCAAAUGGAAGGCAGCUGGGUUGCAGAAGCCAGCAAGGCAAGCCACUGAAAGCAGAAGUAGAAGCCAGUCAGACACCACAUGCAGCAGGUGGGCUCUGUGCUGGGUUCUGCUGGGCCUUUCCAACCAGCUGCCUUCAGCUCCAGAUCUGCCCGCAUGACCCACACCUUCCUCUUGUCCCCCACAGCCAAUCUUUGCUGUUCAGCCUUCUGUGGGCCUCACUGCACAUCUAUCCAUGGGAUGAGCUUUAUACUGGAAGAGGAGUUACUGUAGAAGCACCUUUCCUCCUUUUCCUCCUCCAUGGGUAUAGCAUGCAGAGCUCAGUCUGAAGUUCCCAAUGCAGGCAUUCCUUUCAGACCCAUAACAGCUACUGCCUGGGAAAAUAUCUAAUGUCUAAUCCUGAUGAAGAAAGCUGUUGCAAACAGGUAGGAUGUCUGCUCACCACUGACCUAAAGCCAAGUUCCUCUGAGUCCCCUCAAAAUUUAACCUUUGCUAUAUGGGAAGGGAGGAAGUAUUUAUUCUCUAUGAGUUUCUUCCUCCAUGGCAAGCCUCACUGCUGACCAAAUGAAGCUAAUAGCAGAAACCAGGAGCCACCAGUGAGUGACACUGUUUGGGAUUACAGCAUAGAAAUCAUUGGGGAGUUCAAAUUGUGCAGGUCUGAGGUGGUGUUCAGACAAAGCCCUCAGAAAGGUGAACCUUGACUGUACAGGCCUACAUUCUGACUUGUGAUCUCCUGCUGCUGAAGGUGUCCAUCUGAGGGUUGGUCAGAUGGCAGACACUUUCCUAUCCUAAUCAGGUGUGUUUAAAUGUGAACCUGAACUGAACCUCUGACUCCAGAGUAUAGCCUUCCCUGUACCUCCUUCUGAACAGGGCAUUGCCUAUGUGGGGCCUUCCCAGGAGUCCCCUUGGAAGAUGAGCUAUAAGUGUUUUCAGAGCUGCAGGGUUAGACAGGAGGAGGGCUGCCCUGAUUUACAGCUGGCAACCAACUCUUUUUUAGAGCAUGCCUUAUUUCAGAGAAGGAUCCUAACAGAAAAAUCUAGACUGCAUCCCCACCUCUCCAGCUCCAGGUGUGCAAAAAGGAGGGAUUAAGGCUGAACCGCUGCAGUUGAGAAAGUGGAAUCUAUUCCACUUCAGACAGCUUCAAGGCUUAGAGUAAACUUGGCUAUGGGGCUUGGCUGGGACUUGGCUUUUAACAUUCACAACAACAUUUUAAGUGUUUUGCUGCCAGUUUGUUUCUGUACAAUUAGUACUUAGAUCCCUGAUCACAUUUAAUGUACAUCAUAUGUAAUGCUCUCAUGCACAUUUCCUUCUGAACACAGUAUUCAUUUAAAUCUUUAAACCCAUUCCCAGUACUUCUCUCUUUAACAAAUGAACCAACAAAAACAGAGCUGAGGAUACCAGUAUUUUAUGCAAAGUUUUCUUCUGGAAUGUACAGCACAAGGGGGAUGUUCCACGUCACUCAGAAGAGUACAAUUGUGAGACUGAAAUGCCCUCUCAGCAUGGUGCAAAGGGCAGUCUGACCCACAGGGCUAGAAUUUUGGAGCUGAGCCUGGGUUGCCCUCCCAGUCCCUCUUCUCCACUCCACACAGUAGCUGCAUCCAGCUCUGGGUCAUGAUUUCCAAGGAAUAUCACCUGACGGACAUGAUCUGCCUGUCUCACCUCUCCUUCCAUUACAGCUUGUACCAUCUCUGCAGUGGCCACAGCACAGCAAGUAAAAGGAACUACUGCAGGUCAUUUCACCCACUUCUAGCAUGAUUUUAACAGAGGAAAACAAGAAGGGUAAACACUC